AAUGCACGUGUGUUAAUGGUUGUGGAGUCUUGCACUGCGUCAUAUAGAACGAUCUGCUGUUCGAACAACAAACAAAUUGAGAUGACGCUAAAAUCCAAUAAAAACGAACCUACUGUCAUAUUGGAGCCCGUGGACUCCGUCCGGACAGCCCUCUCCGAUCUCUACCUAGAGCAGCUUCUGCAAAACAAACCAACGACUGACAAGGUAGCCAUGCAAACCUUUGAGAAUAAAGGUGCGGAGGUUUAUACCAAUGGAAGUGCCAAAUAUGCGAAUGGCACUGAGCUGACCAAAAUGAAAGAAGUCAUGUUUGAAAAAAAUCCCUCGGAGCCAAUGGGAGUCACUCUGAAAAUGAAUGACAAGCAAAGGUGCACAGUGGCAAGAAUCUUGCACGGAGGAUUUAUACACAGACAAGGAUCCCUGCACGAAGGGGAUGAGAUAGCAGAAAUCAAUGGGAAAAGUGUGACCAACCAAACAGUCGAUCAGCUGCAAAAGAUUUUGAAAGAAACAAACGGAAUAGUCACAAUGAAGAUUGUUUCCAACCAAAAAAGUCGCUCCAAAGCUUGUGAGACGUACAUGAGGGCCCAAUUUAACUACGACCCCUCCACCGAUGAACUCAUCCCGUGCAAAGAGGCCGGGCUACGUUUUCAAACUGGUGACAUCAUCCAAAUCAUCAACAAGCAGGAUCCCAACUGGUGGCAGGGUACAGUAGAGAGCAGUGCUGCCAACUUCGCUGGACUAAUACCGUCGCCGGAGCUCCAGGAAUGGAGAGUGGCAAGUAAAAGCAAAGCCAAAGACAGUCAGUCCUGGAGCCCAUUCGGAAAGAAAAAGAAGUGCAAAGACAAGUACCUGGCUAAGCACAGCUCAAUUUUUGACCAGUUGGAUGUGAUUUCUUACGAGGAGGUUGUCCGGCUCCCUGCUUUCAAACGGAAAACUUUGGUGCUCAUUGGUGCACCUGGUGUAGGCAGGAGUCACAUUAAAAAUUCAUUGCUGAAAAAAUAUCCAGAGAAAUUUUCUUAUCCUGUUCCACACACCACCAGAACGCAACGGAAGGAUGAGGAGAAUGGGCAGGAAUAUUAUUUCAUCUCCAACGACGCCAUGACAAAGUGCAUCUCAGAAAAUGCGCUGCUUGAGUACGGCAGCUUCCAGGGAAAUAUGUUUGGCACCAAAAUUGAUACCAUCCAGAAGAUCCACGAGCAGGGCAAAAUUGCACUGCUGGAUGUAGAACCACAGACGUUGAAGGUUUUGCGGACUGCUGAUUUUGCUCCUCUUAUGGUCUUCAUUGCACCCACCAACACGGCUACUCAGACGGAAAAUCUGACAAUGAUCCAGAAGGAGUCCGACGCCAUCCUGAUGGCCUACAGACACUUCUUUGAUCUGAUCAUUGUCAACAACGAUGUUGACGAGAGUGUGAAAGUCGUGGAAGAAACCUUGGAGCAGGUCACCUCCACUCCGCAGUGGGUGCCUGUCUCGUGGGUGUACUGAUCGAUGUUAGACUCCAGCGUGAUAUCUUAGUUUUUUUUUUUUUUAAAGCAGUGCAAUAUCACUUCUUACACAAAACCUCUGAGUUAGUGAUAUCCCAAGUCUGACUGGGGUUUAUUUUUGGUUAAUGUUUAUUGUCAGAAAUUCCUUUUUUGCAUGUGUGCGCGUUUAAAAUAAAGCAAUAUUUAGAAAGAUUUAUAUCAGAAAACUGAGAACUUCACCAGGAAUGUUGAUGAUUCAAUCGGUUAUUUGUGUUUUAGGCUUUUGAGGAAGCUUUUGUUGCCAUACAACUGUGAUUGUUGUAUUGUGGUUGAAUACAAAAUAGGACCGUAACUGUGAAAGAAGUCCACCCUUUUCAAAUCAUUGGAUUUAAUAUUACAUCCUAACAUCAUAAUGUCUUCAGUUAUCACAACAGGACAUGAUUAUGUUUGUUCAGCCGCGCAUGUAACUUUUGACUCCAAACCAUUUCAGUCAAUAAGAACUUGACCUGUCAAAACGGUCACAUCAAAAUGUAUACCUCGUAGGCAGUUUAGAGGCACUUUUACAAAUAUUAAAUUUCUCAGCUCUGUUGCAACUGCUUGUUUGAUUUUAUUGAAUGUUGAAACACUGACCAGGAACCUUCAACAUGCCAAAUGUAAUACUGUACAUCCAUGAUCUGAGGUCAAUGGUGAUAAAAAUCAUUUUAAGAGCACAGUUGAUUAGCAUUCAGACUUUCAGAAGUCAUCAUUUCCCUGUUUUGAUUCAACGUCUGUAUUUCAAAGUUGUGAAACACAAAAUAAGGUUCACACAUGGUACAGUACUUUUUUUUUUUUCAUCUGCUACACUUUUAGCUAAUUGAUGUAGUUAUGGUAAUAUACAAUGUCCAGUAUUUUCUUGAUCAAUUCCAUUUUGUGUCAGUAUGUUUUCUAUUACAUUUGUGCGAUAUCGCUACUUGUCCAAUACUUUUCUGGGGAUUUGGAAUUUGGUGUCAUGUAUUUAAAAUUAAUUUGCUUGAUUA